CGGCGGCGGCUCCGCUCCCCCGUCGCCUCACGCCGCUGCCGGCCUCACGCCGCCCCGCUCCGCCCGCAGGCAGCCCCGAUGGCCAAGCAACCCCCUGAGGUGAAGGCGCAACGCGACGGCGAGGGCGGGCGGCUGCCGGCGGCGGAGGGGCCGGGCCCGGCCGCGCAGCUGCGCCCCGGCGCUCCCGCCGCCCUGCCCGGCUCCGCCGCCGCCGCCACGGCGGGGCCUCCGCCGCGGGGCCCGCCCGCCAGCCCGGGCCCCUUCGCCACCCGUUCGCCGCUCUUCAUCUUCGUGCGGAGGUCGCCGCUGCUGUCGCGCUCCUCCAGCGGGUAUUUCUCCUUCGACGCCGAGCGCAGCCCCGCGCCCCUCAGCUGCGACAAGGCCACGCAGACCCCCAGCCCGCCCUGCCAGGCCCUCAGCCACUGCCUCAGCGCCAUGGGCUGUGAUUCUUGCUCGGAUCCUGCACUUGGGUUUGCGGGAGGGGGAAGAGGCGGCGGCGGCGGCACAGCUUCCCGGUGGCAGUCUCACUCGCGAGCAGAGGACGUACAGCCCGAAAUCUGGAUUGCACAGGAGCUGCGGCGCAUCGGAGACGAGUUCAAUGCCUCUUAUUGUCCAAGAAGGGGUUUCUUGGAUAACCAGGCGGGACACCCCCAGAUCGUCAUUUUGCGCCUCCUGCGUUACAUCAUCCGCCUCAUCUGGAGGAUGCAGUGAGCGCCGGGCGCAUCCCAAGGCACCGGGACUUGUUUACUCGUUGGGAAAGCCCAGGGAGGACGGACAGACGGACGGACGGACGUGGGGGCGUCCCGCGCCACCCGGCUCCCACCCUCCUCUCCCCCAGGACGCGCGGCGGGGGCUGUCGGAUGAGGGUGGGCAUCCCACCCCGACCUGCUGGGACUCUCCAAUGCAGGAUUUUGUCCGAGAGUGGUGUUUACUGCGUUUCUCUCAACUCUAUUUUUUUUUUUUUUUUUAAACUUCUUUUCCGAAAGAGUCUCAGCGAAUAUAUUCAACGGCUAUGGAAUAAUUUUUAUUUUUCUGGGAGGUCAUCGUUUCUGGAAACCUGUCGGCUCGUCUGGGAUAAACCCUGCGGUGGGGAAGAGGAAAGCCUGAGCCAGCUGAUGGGCAGAGCUGCCUUAGUUUGCCUUGUGGACCUUCACGCAGAGACUCGCGGAGCCCUCCCCUCUCCCUUUGCCUCCUGGGCAGUCGCCCCCCAAAAAGGAUGGUGAUGAUGGAAUAAGGGCAGAGGGAAUUAAAUCAGCACUUCUUUUACCUGUAAAUACCUAAUGCUACCCCAAAUCCACUUUUAUUUGCAUUAUGCAAAUAGCCUAUUUCCUGCUGACUGAUUUUUAUUUUUUUUUUUUUUUAAACUCUGAAUUUCAAGACUUAGCUGUCAGAUUCCCAGGGUCCAAAAUAUCACAACCAACCAACCAACCAAACCCAAUCCACCAGGUUGCCUUUUUUUAGAAAUUCUUUCUAUAAAACGUGUGAAAACGCUUAUGUAUUGUAUAAUGUAAUAUAAUGUUGGUGACUGAGUAAUUCAGCAAUAAAACGUUCUUGGAGGCAGGUAGAAACAGUUCCCAGCACACUGCAGCUUUGCACCCGGAGACGACAGCUCCUGCUGCGUAACUUCAGGAACUGUUUUUAAGUCAUGGCUUGUAGCUCGCUUUUGAACCCAGGAGAGCUUUUAAGGCGCUGGAUUUUUUUUUUUUUUCCUUUUUUUUUUUUUUUUUCUUUCCCCCCCGGGAUCCUCUCUGUGUUCGGACAGGACAGCCUGGAGCAGGGGGAUCAGCGAGCCAGGACCGGCGGCGUGAAGACCCGGGGGUGCUUGGUGCACGGGGAAGAGGCGCCGAAGGAUGCUGACCUGGUACGGAUCCACUCGGGGACAUGCCGUGGGGGGACCCGUUCCCCCUGACUGCCGCAUCUCCCCCCAAACUGCCCUCCUUCCCUUGGGAAGACCCGACCAGGCACUCAACACCCCUUCCACCUGGAGAGCCCGCAGCCUCGCUGGAGGAGCCCUGAGGGCUUGUCGGAAGAAGCAGGUCUGUCGCCUCGGGGAGCCCCACUGUUGUCUCCGGUUCAUUUGAGGGGGGAGCGAAGGGGGAGGCUGCUCCGGCCACCCCCGUAUCUAUGCACAAACAUACCCCUUUCUGCCUCUGGAGCUGCCCCUUUCCUCUGGCUGGUGCAGGUGGUCCUCAAACCCACUUCCAAACACCGCGGUUUUAUUUCUGGUUUCACCAGCACUGUAAGGAUUUUAAAAAAAAAAAAAAAAACAAACCCCCGAGCCCCCGAUAGCAGUUUUUCCUGCGAUACACAUGCAGGGGGAAGCUGUUGCGUGCCAUGGAUGAUUAUUAGUGUUUUUAACGAUGGACAAACUGUACAAUCUGACCUCUAUGCACUGGCUGCCUGUGCCUGUCGGGUAGGCGAAGAGCUGUGGCGUCGGUGCGGGGCUGCGUGCCUCCGAUUGCACUCCUCUGGAGGAUUACAGAGUGAUUUUUAAUCUUUUAUUUUAAAUUUUUGUGUUGUUAUCUUCCUUUUUUUUUUUUUUUUUUGGACCUGCAAGAUGAGCAUGGGUUGCAGGAGUUGGCCUCAGCUGCGGGAGCCAGGGAUUUUUUUAAAAAAGGUAUUUUGGAAAGGGUGCAGGGGGAACCUUUGCACUGGUAGCGAGUGGUUAAAAUACGCGGUGAGCUUGGCCAGGGCAGGUUCCUGCUCCUUGUCCCCUUGGUUUUGGCUCACUGUAGCUGUGCUGCCCCAGCCAGGCUUGAGCCAUCCCUUUUUUCCUGUAGGGUUUAUACAGAAAAGCCCAGCAGGGAGGCUGCCGCUGCACGUUUCCCAUGGGAACCCAUGUGGAACUGCAUGGCUGUUGAUAAAAUAAAAUAAAAAAAUAUAUAAAAAAAAAUUUGGCAGCAAAGUGGGGAAACCAAAUGAGCAGGUUUUCCCCAGUUGAUUUUCAUCCAUGGAUGAAAUGGUGCUUUCGGGUCUCGCAGUUGUACAGCAUCCCGGCACCACGCCGCCCAGAAUGUGUCCCUUGGAGUACACCAAAGAAACGCCGAGCACUUUACCCCGUCCUCCCCGCCAGGCCGCCCCAGCCAACGAUGGAGACAACAAUUAUAUUCAUUUUAAGGGAAAAAACCAAAAGGUAGUGGCACAGUCUGCCCGGGACUUCCCCAGAGGAGAUGUUCCCGGCCAAAAAGUAGGCAUAGGAAAAUUAGCCCCCAAAAACCAGUUUUCAUCCCUGUAGAGUUGUGAGGUUUAGCGACCAAAAAAAAAAAAAAAAAAACCAACCAACACACACCCCCCCCCCCCCCCCCAAAGUCUCCUAAUGAUGUUUUUAAAUAGCGAUUGCGCUCAUUUUCACCACGUUGGCUGACUGCUCUGGGUCAUUUUAAGUGUAACCUGUGGUCUCUGUUCUGCCAAAAGGAUGUGAUGAAGAGUUUUCCUUGGUUGCAGGGAAAGCAGAUUUAUUCCCGGGCAAUCUCACAUGAUGUGUUAAUGCUUUUCCUCUUAUCCAUAACUGUAAAUACCUGACUAUUUAUUAGGUUAGUGCACCAUGUUAUUUUCAUCAUCUGAGCCAAAUAUCUGUGUGCAAUGUAUUUCCUUUCCUUUCUCUUAUGUAAGUUUUGUACAGCUUAUAAAUAAGUAAAAAAAAAAAAAAAAAGAAAAAAAAAUCAUGUUUUUUUUAAAACUUUUUUAGAAUUUAACUUGGUAAAUACUGUAGAUUUCUUUUUUUUUUUUUUUCCUCCCAUGUAAUUAAUGCACUCUACUGUUCCAUAAUGCUGUAACUUGUAGAAAUGUAUAUUUAUUUUCUGCUUAUUUAAGUUCCUGUAAAGAUUUUUGUUUCCCCCUUCUCUCCUCCCUGCCCCUGCAGUAUGUGAUGGAUCACUUUCCAAAGCACUGUCCUCUCCUGGCAGUGCAGCCAACAUGGUUUAGAUGAUGAGACUUAGUAUUAUUAUUUUUUCUCAAAGUGCCUAAGUCCCGCUUCCCAGUAGUGAUUUAGGCACAUCAAAGACUUCAGCAUUAGUGAAAUUCGGUGGGAAUUUGGCUUCUACAUCUCCAUGAUUUUUGCCACCCUCCUUUUAAAGCCACAUUUUCCUCCAUCUUGGCCACUUUGCCUGGCCCAGCUGUAACAUCAGGUACCGCCCCAGCGCACACGGAUGUGCUGAUGAAUCACUAACUCGUUUCACAGGACCCAGCGUAUGUAGCAUUUUUACUGCAAUUUCCCUGGCUUACUUGUGUUUUGCACUGAUGAAUUUUGGACAGGGUAAUUGCCACUUUACUUGUGCAAUACUGCUGUAAAUAAUUGCAGAUCUUUUUUUUUUUUUUUUUUAAGAUGCAAUCUUUUAUGUUCUUAAUAUGAGUUUUAUAUGAAUAAAAACUUUCAACUAUU